AUGGAGCUAAUAAUGAUAAAACAUCGCGAUUACAAAACGCGCAAUAUACUUACGACGGCGGAGCGCAUUAAAGUGAUCAAAGCUUACAAACACAUGCCGAACUAUCAACGCUUGGCGAGCACUUUCGGCUGCAGUGCCAAGCAGAUCAAGAACAUCAUUGCGAAUAAGGAUGAACUGUUGCGGCAUUACGAUAGUGUGCGCGCUAACAAGAUUACCGAUGAGGUGACCAAUCGUCGACAAGAGAAGAUCGACUUCCUCGGCAAAGUGGUCUAUGAGUUUCUGUUGCGCGCCCUCUUCUUGCGCAUGCCGAUCGGCACUACGAUCAUACGUCAAAAGGCAUUCGAAGUUAAGGAGGCGAUAGCUAUUGAGAAUUUCUCACCGAACAAUGCAUGGUUGCGAGACUUCAAAGCCACUUACAAUCGUUUGGAUUUAGCGAGCAUGAUGGAACACUUGCCCAGCGAUAUGGAUCAGCGUCGCUCGCUCAAGUGCAUCGAUAUCAUUGAGUAUGUUAGUCAGCAGGAGAGAGAAGAGCGUCGUAAAAUGUUGAAGAUGGCGAAAGAUGAGAAUUGCAAUAGUGUGUGGGAGAGUGAUGAUGGCAGUAAUACUUCUUCGUAUAGUAACGAGCAUACGGUGGAGCAUAUGAAUAGCCGAGACGCUAUAAAUAACAACGCAAAUGGUGAGGUGUGCAGCGAUGCUGAUAAUGAUAUGAAAAGUAAUGACGGCGAUAGCGUGGAAAGUAAGCAAAAUCUUGGUACUGAUAUUGAACCGAUUGUGGUGAAUCUCGCGUCAGAUGAUGAGGAAGAGAGUGCUGAGAGCGCCCAUCCCGUCAAAGCUGAACCGAUCAUUUCGCCUGCGCCUAAUCACAGCACAUCACCGCCAAAGCCAACAACACUGCCUCCUUUCCCCGAUAUACACAGUUAUAUGGAGGCUUUGCGUCAUCUAAGGGUGCUUGAAGACUUUGCUAUGAUUGAGGAAAACUAUCGCGCCAUUGGCUUGAUAACUCAAUUGGAGCAAAUAUUUAAGAAUCCACCGAAAUUGAAGAGUUUAAGUCAUUGA